AUGGGACAACUCGAGCGCUUUUUACCGCCCUCGCUCCGCUUCUCGGAUACGCAGAGACCGUCAGCAGAUCAGCAUAUAGGAGAAGCCGUACAAAUCAUCGAUAGAGCGCGCCGUUUCGGCGAGAACGAUCUCGAUGUAUUGGAGUAUAUGCUGGUCAGGUACGGACGAGAUCACGCGAUUUUGCACCUGAUCGACGAACUUCUGAAGGAUGUAUCGACUCGCCUUCGUCCAACCGACGAGCUGCCCUCAAACAUCCACUGGCCUGCAUCUCUGUUGAAUGGCGAAUUACAUCAGAAGUUCGAGGUUGAUGCACCAGUGCAGUCCGUGUGUCGAUACAGCAAUCUUGAGGAGCGCUACCGCGACCACACAAAUGAGGACUCCGUGUACACCUCCUCAACGAUGCGCCAAAUAUGGCUCUCGCUCGGCCGCAUGAUCAUUACUGCGGCAAAACUUGGCGGACCAAAAUCCCAACACAUCAUGUCGACCGUCUAUCGCGCAUUGGCGAAGAUCCACCAUUACAACCUGGUUCCGGAGACUGUCUACACAUAUCAGCCCACCCCAUACUCUUCGACCGUCAAUCGGCCUCCAAUACUUCAUCUUCUCUCGUCUCGCAUUCUAACCACUUUAUCUGACGCAGUAUGGCGGUCUCAGCAGGAGGAGGUAAUCACUCGUGCAGCCGAAAAAGGCACACCGCUCGAAAGUCUCUCCAGAGAUCCUCCUGGGGGUCGCUUCAGGCUCAAAGUCCUCGACCUGGGCCCAGAAGUCUGGCUCGAAUUUGUUCUCUGGUGCUGUGUGGAAGGCAGAUAUGCUUCGACAGGCGCCAAGAUCAUAUCACAGCUGAACAAAGACGUUGAUCAGCCGUGGUAUGCAGUGAACUGGACAUCAAAUGAUGUUGGACGCUCAGUGCCUCUCGUGGAUUGGUCUCGUGCCAAUGCCCGCACGGGGGGGACUGUUGGUCGUAUCGAAGGCUAUAGUAAGGAGCAGCCGUUAGCCAAUAUCCCGUCACGCACCAUCAGUGCUGAGGUUGUAUUGGCGCUGGCAGAGGGCCUCGUGACGGCCUCUGACAUAGGCCACCUGUUGAAGCCUAUGCUUCUGGAAAGAUGUGCCAAGAACAUACAGAGUCUUAUCUCAUUUCUCGAGCCGCAUAGUUUGCCUGCUGAGUAUUUCGAUUAUCUCUCCGUGCGACUUCUUCAAACCGAGAAGAUUGAUAUCGAAGGGACGCCGAAGAUGUUGGAUAUGUGGUCACAGGUGAUGGAGGAAAUGCGGAACCUCGAAUCGGUCACCCCACGAGCAGAAGCUAAGAUCAGCCUUGACUACGAAGCGAUAGUCAAUCAAAGUCGCCUGAAUGCGGGACUCACGCAUCAAGUCCUCACAGCUUACAUCCACAACGACUUGUAUUUGCAGUCGAUCGAUGUAUUUUCGAAACUACAGUAUCAGAUCGAUAAGGUCAAGCUCCAGAGCAUCAUAGCUUUCGUGCACGGUCCGCGCAACGCAGAUGCAGGCUUCUUUGACGUGCGUUCUGUGGCAGCAAGACAAGAAUACGCAGACUCUCACGGGGAACUGCCUUCCUAUAAAAUGGCUGCCCUCUUACAACAUAUGACGAGCAAUGCUCAAUUACAUAUUGCUGAGUGGAUGGUGUAUUCUGACGAUGUCGAUGGCCCCUCUAUUCCGCGAAACACUUUUGGUCAGCUCUCAACUGCUGCGGCUCUCGUACGCCUCGCCCCUGAGACCAAGGACGACUUCAUCUUGGACAGCAUCGCUGAAGAAGGCCGCAAGUGGCGCUUCAAGCCGGCCGUCAAGCUCCUUCGUUCUCUUGUGGAUGCCCACAUCAUUAGACUCGACUUCAGCCGCGCAAUGCUUGUACUUGAGCAGUUGCAAAAUUCGAUCGCUGGUGGUUACAGCCCUAACAAUCUAGCUUCGCUUGCAGCUACUAUCCUUCGGUUGGAGGAGGCACUUGCAAGUUCAAAGCACGGUCAAUUGAAUGCCGCCCUGAACGAAGCACUGUCGCUCAUGCAGCAAAUGCUCAAUGGCACAUACAACGGCACAAAGGGGGAUUUUUACCAGAGCCAGGUCCGUAUAUUCCGUCACCAAGUUCGCCAUUUGCUGCGAGUCUUCGAGGCCUUGCCCGGGUCAAAUCUUGUCAGCAUCGCUCGGCGUUUCAAGGACAAAUAUGCGUUUACCAAUGCACCAAAUCUUGUUCCGGGCGUGUUCAAUACGCUACUUUCCGGCAUCGUUGACGCACGAGGUGCACAAGAGGGUCGACGCAUAUGGCAGAUUUUCUGCAGAGACCCUCGGGUGCUGGCCAAUGUGGAUAUUGGCCAGCAAGAGCUCGAACUCUUCCUGAAUGAAGUCGCAGCCCGUUCUGAUGACGACUUCCAGGAUGAUUACGAGAUGCAGGUCGCCGGUACGCUUGAGGAUGAAGAAGAAGAGACAGGAGUUUAUGGCGUCACCUUGCGCGAUGACGAAGGCACUGGAGACCAUAUCGAAACAUACCCUGGCGAUGAUGAGGCAGAUGUCUUUGAAGCUUUUAACAGUGGACCAAAUCCUCCCCACUCGGACAUAAGCUUCUCUGCAGACUUUGAGACAAACAUCUCAGCUGCGCCAACGUCCGUACUGGAGGUAGAGGAUUCGGGUACGCGCCCUAGGGCCGAUCUGCAACAGCCUUCCAGUCCCCAGACCAUGCAACACGUGGGUGACAAUCCUGCCGAUCGGAAUCCUGUUGUGAUACCCUGUAUAUCUACUAUGCGGAUUAUUGUUCGAAGAGCGCUGUUGGAGCGAGACUCAUCGCAUUCUAGGGACAUCAUCGUGUGGGCCGCUCCCUACAUGCGCCGCAUGGGGCUCUCUAUGCAAGACUUUGCACGGGAGACGAGUAUCGGCCUUCCUGGCUCGUUGACUGGCGGUAGAGAACUCGCCAUGAGGCAGCAGAUUGACAACACUGAGGGUACUCCACUGCCCGAGCAGCCACCAGUUCCAAUCCGGCGACAUUUUGUGUCCGGUUCCGACUGGAUUCAUGGGCAGCGGCAACUCCUCUGGGGAAACUUGUUGCGGGACCACAGAAGCUGA